GUCGCUUCCAUUCAUGCCGACAACCCAGGCAGCAAGACUCCCAUGCCUGCAGACAUUCAAACCACGGUUCUUCGUGCUGGCGUUACCCACAAAAGGUUCCCUGUACCCAACUACCUACUCACUAGCAAGGUCCCCUUCUUCAACAAGUUGUUGUCAGCCACGCCAUCUCCUACCGAGGAGCAACUGACCUUCGAGGAUCUUGACGAGUUCGCCUUCGCACUCUUCUCCCGCUGGUUACAUGGCGGUAAGCUUCAGGGUCCCUACGACUUCCAUUCGGUCCAGCAUUACCUCUGUCUGUAUGUCAUUGGUCAAAGAUGGGAUGUCGAAGCUCUUUGCAAUGACACCAUGGAUCUGGUCCGCCUGUACUACCACAAGAACAACAUGACAGCACCUACCUUCCGCCUCGAGUACGUCUACGCCUUCACCAAGACGCCCAACCACAUGCGCAAGUUCUUGGCCGAGACUGCUGCAUUCCGCGCACUCUGCGGCGAACCUGCAGCCAAGGGUGUAUACUUGUCAGACUCGAUGAAGACGUUGAUCAACAAAGGUGGCGACUUCUCGGUUGACUAUGCUCACUCUCUUAUCAAACUCACCAAGGAGGACUUCCCCGACCCCAGGAAGGGUUCCAAGUGUGACUGGCACGAACACGCCGACGGCAAGCUUUGUGCGAAGGAUGAUGUGGAGCCAUACAUGACACCGUGA